AUGGAGAAACAGGAAAAGUUACCCUUAGGACCUAGUACUCCAAUUCUGGACGGCACCAUGGUGGUGGCCGAAAAGAAGGAGGAAGUGGAACGAGAGACAUGGGGAAAGAAGAUCGACUUCCUGUUGUCUGUGGUCGGAUUUGCUGUGGAUCUCGGAAAUGUUUGGAGGUUUCCGUACAUCUGUUAUAAAAACGGUGGAGGAGCCUUCAUGUUCCCGUACCUUGUGAUGUUACUGUUUGGAGGGCUACCCCUGUUCUACAUGGAGCUGGCCCUGGGACAGUACCAGAGAUGUGGCUGUCUGACAGUAUGGGACAGGAUCUGCCCUGCAUUUAAAGGAAUAGGCCUGGCGAUCUGCGUGAUAGCUACCUAUGUGGCAUGGUACUAUAACACAAUCAUCGCCUGGGCUGUCUACUACUUUUUCUCCGCUUGGCGCGCAGAAGUACCAUGGCGGACGUGUAACAACCCAUGGAACAACAACGAAACGUGUACUGUCUAUGAACGGCUCCUUCUGGGGAACGUCACAAACUUACAGAACAAUGUCAGCUCCAUGAGCAACCUUACAACAACGACCAUGGCGUCAUCAACAGGUCCAGAGCUCAUGCUCAAGUCACCCACGGAGGAAUUUUUCGAGUACAAGGUCCUAGGACUCCAGUAUGCCAGUGGAUUGGAGGAUGUAGGAGGCAUCAAUUGGAUCCUCUGUCAGUGUCUCCUUGCCGUCUUUGUCAUUGUUUAUUUCGCUAUGUGGAAAGGCGUAAAGAGCUCGGGCAAGGCUGUAUGGAUCACCGCCACCAUGCCUUACGUCGUGUUACUAAUCCUGCUCGUCCGAGGAUGUAUGUUGGAGGGAGCAGACAGAGGAAUCUUCUAUUAUAUCCGGCCUGUUUGGAGUAAAUUGAACGACAAAGGUAUAUGGAUCUCUGCAGCAGCUCAAGUGUUCUUUUCUCUGGGACCAGGAUUCGGAGUUUUGCUUGCUUUAUCAAGUUAUAACAAACUCAACAACAAUUGUUACAAGGAUGCCUUGAUUACGAGCGGGAUCAACUGUGCCACAAGCUUCCUAGCAGGCUUCGCCGUCUUUUCUGUGUUAGGUCACAUGUCCUUCAUACAGGACAGGCCGGUGGAGGAUGUCGCUCGUGACGAUGUUGGACUGAUCUUCAUUGUGUACCCAGAAGCGAUAUCCUCUCUUAACUUCUCAACCUUUUGGGCGUUACUGUUUUUCUUCAUGCUUAUAACCCUCGGACUCGACACGACGUUUGGUGGUUUGGAAUCGCUGUGUACUGGAAUAUUGGACGAGUAUGUUUUCCUCAGGAAAUACCGACAGCUAUUUGUGCUCGGUCUAAUGGUGUACUGUUUUAUAGGAGCGCUGGCCACAACGACAUACGGUGGAAUAUACGUGGUCCAACUGCUGGAUUCGUUCGGAGCUCCUAUCGCCAUCAUAUUUGUCGUUUUUCUGGAGGCUGUAGCCGUAUCGUGGAUAUACGGUAAGAGUCAAGUCCUUUGUUUCUGCGAUGACAUACCGGAGGUCCUUUGUUUCUGUUGGUAAGUUUAACUAACAUACUGGAGGGUGUGCUGGGCCGUCAUCAGUCCUCUGUUUCUGUUGAUUCUGUUCAUCCUGUCGCUGAUCGACCCGAUGCCUCCGCAGUACGGCUCCUAUGAAUUUCCACAAUGGUCAUUUAUUUUGGGAUGGGUAAUCGUCUGUUCGUCUCUAAUCUGCAUUCCCGGUUAUAUGAUUUACAAGUUCAUCAUCACCCCAGGCAACCUCCGCGAGAGAAUACUUGUAAUGUUUACUCCCAUCGAAGUACCGAGUCACGCCAAGGAACCUGCAUUGCCAGCCUUCGUCUAA